UGCAGCGUUUUCAGAAUGUCUGACGGGAACGAUACGACGUAUGAUGUGGCUGCGGCUGCCUUCAAGCUACCAGUUGUUGUGUCACCGCAAGCCAGUGCGCAGCAUAGCGAUAACAGCAGCAGUAGCAACUCGGCCAGACAGCGGCAGCAUAUUGAACAUUCUACGAUCGAUAGUGGAUCGAGUGCAUCACAGGAAGAGUCCAAGGAAGUUAGUGAAAGUGAAAACGUAACUAGUAAACAGUCCGAUAACGAAUCAACCAGUGCUACGGUGAGAGAUAAGACCGAAACGUUAUCAGCAGAGCUCGCGAACGGUGUUGUAGGUGGUAGAGACCACACAAGUGAUUCUAUGAUUUAUUCAACGAUAAGAACAAACGAGGAGCAUGUAAACACUCCUUCGGUGAUAACGUCUAGUUCCAAGCAAUUACAAGAAAGUGCACAGAAAUACGAAUCAUAUGUUAACGCGAAUCAACAGUUGGCUUCCCCGCCGCGAUAUUCAACGCUACAUCCAUUGGUAAGCCCGGGUCUGCAUCAACAGGUGGGUUACUUCAAUUACGCGGGACAAGAACAGGUGUUCAACAGUUGGCCGUACGAUCUAUCGUACAAGACAAGUGAUCUUGGACGACAUCAACCACAUCACCACACGCAGCAAUCGGAGAGCGACGAACGCGACUUAAGCCAUCAUCACCAACACCAGCAAAGAGAAGUUUACUGCAGCAGUGCUAAUAAUCAUCAUUCGCACGAUUCGCAUGCUCACCAGCAUCCGGAGCAUUCGAAUUUAAAUUUGAAUAUCAAUCCAAUUAGUAGUGAAUCGUCAGCCAUGAGGAGUAGUCUGUUGGCAUUCUGUCCGACUUAUGCCUCGUCGUUAGCGCAACACGGUGGCGAUGAUUUGCACCACCACCAGACGGGACAUCCCCAUCAGCAUGGUUCUGCAAUCGAUGAAGUGAUUGCAGACACCCUGAAGGAUGAAAGUUGUGCUAUCGUGGAUCACUACCUAACUCUCGGUGGCGCCGGUACCGAUAUGGGUCAUCCAGGUGCCUCGGGAACUGAUCUGGCCGAUGAUUCGCCACAUCAUCAUCAUAAUCAUCAUGAGCUACACGAUCUUAAGGACUAUAGUGCCGCUGUUUAUCAUAACAACAACGAUAAGAGUGUGAUCAAUUUCAAUCAUCAUCACAAUAAUCAUCAUCAGCACCACCACCAGCAGCUGCAGAACGCACACAACGGCAACAGCAGUGGCGGUGAAUCGCGCAGUCCUUCGGGCUACUCGCAUGAAGAACUGGACAGCAGUCUUUCAAACCUGACUCAGUUGAUCAACGUACCUCGCGCGAGUGAUACCAGCACUUCAGCGGCAGUGGCAGCGGCGACGGCGGCUGCAGCAGCUUCUGCCAACAUGUACCAAUCGUCACCGGUUCACGAUCAUGCAGCGGCAGCCGCACUGAUGCAGCACGGGACUAGCAUCUACGAUACGCUGCACGGAGCGGGUAUCCCAAGCAGUCCAUCGUACAGCCGGUGCAGUUUUCCGUCGGUGACAUCAAUGCAAUAUUUUAGCAGUAGUCCAACUCACGAAUCGGUACACAUGUGGCCUACGGGAGUAGGUCUGAGUGAGAAUGAGUACCUGAAGGGAAGCCUGCCGGCAUUCCAGAGGAUCGCUUCGAGUACAAAUGCUGCUCGUGCCAAUCACUACAGUUCGAUCUCGUCCAGUUAUGGUCAACAGGCUGACACAUGGCCAUCGCACUACGAAACAGGUGCAAUCGCAUACAGCACUGCUUCAUCCAGUACGUCCGGAAAUGGUCGACGGACAUCCUCCACCGUGCCAUCAACGACAGCCUUCUCGGCUGCCGCCUCGCUGACUGCAAUGGGCAUAGAGGCGGACUUGUUUACCGAGGGACGAGAAUGUGUCAAUUGUGGAGCGAUUCAGACUCCGCUCUGGCGCCGGGACGGAACUGGACACUAUUUGUGCAAUGCAUGCGGCCUCUAUCACAAGAUGAACGGAAUGAAUCGGCCGUUGGUUAAGCAGCCCAGACGUCUGGUAAAAGAACCUAGCUCAGCGCGACGCGUCGGACUGCAAUGCUCCAACUGUAACACGACGAAUACGUCGCUCUGGAGACGCAACCAGGUUGGAGAGCCGGUUUGCAAUGCCUGUGGUCUGUACUAUAAACUGCAUAACGUGAACCGACCGUUGGCAAUGAAGAAGGACAACAUUCAGUCACGCAAACGCAAACCUAAGGGCAGCAAAAAUGCCGAUGGAGCGUCCAACUCGAAGAGCAGCAGCAGCAAUAAUAACAAUAGUAACAGUAGCAGUAACACCAAUAACAAUGGCAGCAGCAGUAGUAAUAAUCACGCUGGUAGCAUUAGCAGCAGCAAUAAUAACAACUCAAGCAACGCGAUCAAUUCGUCCGUACUGGGCAACUCUGUCAAUGAACUGAAAUCACUGAAGGCAUCGGUCGGUCAUUCCAGCAUCAUUCAAUCCACUUCGACUCCGUCAAGCGUUGGAAGUAACAUGUCUCCAACGCAUCAACCGCCUUCACCAUCACAUCACAACCAGCUGUCGCCAAUCUCGUACACCCAGCAAGUACCAUCACCGAUCACCAGCACUCCCACUAGCGCCAUUGUCAAUAACAACAACAACAAUAACAAUAAUAACAAUAACAUCGGCAGUGGCAAGUACAGCCAUCAAAAGGGUGUUUUUAUGAUGCCUCCAUUUGGUGCAUCACUAGCCAAUGCGAACGUUCUUGCCACCCACCAAGCAUCGCUCAGUCCAAUGGGGUACCAUCUGAACAAUAAUAACCACUCCAACGGAUCGAUGAUGAGCCCAAAGUAUCAUCAGAGUCCCUCGGAAUCUCCGAGCAGCAUGUACUACGAUUUGAUGUCAUCGGAUGUAAAUGGCAUCGAUCAGCAUGGCUUGGGAUCCAUUGUCAAGAUGGAACCGAUGUCUAGUUCAUAUUCGGCCUACCAUCAGGCUCUCCAUCAGCAGGUUGUGCAACAACAUCAUCAACAUCAACUGCAGCAACAGCAACAGCAGCAUCUUCAACAAUUGCACAACCACAGCAGAAGCCCUUCCAUUUCGGAUGAGAACGAUCAGAACCACCAAUCGCCGGAAGGCCUCGAAUGCAAGCACAACAUCACCCGCCCUACGGUGGUUUCCAUGUCAAGCUAAGAUGCUGAAAGUGGAGACAAGAAAAACACGAAAAAGAUAUUUUAGAAUCUCAUGCUCAGAAGCCAAAUAUGCAGGAAGAACCAAAAAGACUUUAACGAAUAGCCGAAAAUCAUUUACAUGUGAUGAUUCACCAUGACAAUAAUCCGCCUAGACGGUUGGACAAUGCGCUCUGUUUGAGCUUUAUCUUCUUCCCGAAAAAGGGUCUAGAUUUAAGGUGCAUUUUAACAAGAGAUAAGGACUGCAAUUAGAACAGAAUCUAAAUCGUACGCUAGUAGUCGAGGGAGUUUAUUCACUUUUUUUUAGAAACGAUCACUUAAUGUUAGGAGAUGUUGUAAACCACGUUAUAAACAAUAGAACGAGAACGAGUGUGUCAUCUAAUCAGCUGCUUUAGUGUAAUAUGAACAGAGAGGUGUUUGUAGAGUUCAUUUCGUUUGCUAGGUAAGUGUUGUAAAUAAGCUUUAUGGAACUUUAUAUUUUGAACAAAUGGAAUGGGAUCUAAAUUUGAUGAUUGAGUGAAUGAUUUAUAAACCUAAUAAUGCAAUAUGAAUAGGAAAAAUGCAAGCUCUCUAACUCACGACAAUACUUCGUAUACUUUCCGUUGCCUAGGAGAUGAUUUCUAAUCUCGUUCUCUGUAAAUCUGUUGAAGAUUGGAAAUCACUUUUAAAACUAAGAAAUCUGAAAAUUACCAAAUUUUGUUUAAAUGUGUAUCAUUUGUUAAAAUAUAUAUAAGUUUAGCCUAAAUAAAGCACUCUUUUUAGCGUA